UUGAUUACGCCAUGCUUUUUUUUUAAUUUUUCUUUUUCGGCUUCUUUUUUUUAAUUAAAAAAAACAAACGCCUAUCUAUUCUCGGACGGAUGAAAAAUUGUGUUUUCGAUGAUGAAAGUGUUGAUAUUUUACACAUAUUUGCAGUUAUUUAAAGUAAAUGAACAGUUUCCAGAUUUAUGAGACGAUUAUAUGUCGACUUGUCAUCAAAAUCAAUAAUAUCAAAUACCUUUUUUGCCGUGUUUCCAACGCCAUAGUCUAAGUGUUUAACAAUUUACAACAAUGGCUGAGCCACACGAAGAACGUUUUGUAAACGUUAUUCCGAUGCCGACGUCUCGCGCCAAAGUUAAGAAAGAAAUACUUCCUGAUGAUGAAGAUGAGUUCCACUGCCGACUCUGCUGGAAAGGGUUCGCCAGUGAGGUUGCACUCCGGAACCAUGCGCGCAUGGAGCAUAUUGAUGCUUAUGCUUCUGGAAACCCUGCUGUUUGGACUCAUGCUAAUGAUAAGAAAAAACCCCAAACCGAAGACAGCCUGAUCAAGCUGAAGACACAGCAGGUGCUAUCCGAGAUGGAACCGACGAGCGUGAUGACUCUAGCGUCCAAUGACGUGAGCUACAUUAUCAUCAAGUCCGAUGAAGGUCCGGAGGCGAAGAAGAAGAAGAUUGACCGUGUUGUUAAGAAGGAUAAGGUUAUGAAGGAGGAGAAGCAGGUGCCGAGGAAGGAUAAGACUGAGCCUAUCACCGGUCCCUUCGAAUGUCUCCAACCCUCAACUCUGGUAGCAGACGGCACCUGCCACCAGAUAUUCUUCUCAUGCUGCGAGUACUCCGCCCACUAUCGGGAUGAACACACGCGCCGUAGAAAGGGGCUCCGCUGCCAAGUCUGCGAGAAACCACUCGCUUGCAGCGGAGAGGAGGCACCGGCACCUUAUGCCUGCGAGGUAUGCGGGCUCGGUCUACAGACCAGCAAAGAGUUGUCGGAGCACACGGCGAUAGCGCACGUCAAGCUGAAGCCGUUCGAAUGCAACGUCUGCCACAAGCGGUUCACGCAGCACGGCGGAGUCCUUCAACACAUGCGGAUGCACACCGGAGACCGUCCCUUUCCCUGCACUUUCUGCCCAAAGGCUUUCACCCAGAAGUCAGGCCUGGAUCAACACCUCCGUAUUCACACCAAAGUCAAGCCGUACCGCUGUGUAGUGUGCAACAAGACAUUCUGCCAAUCCGUUCACCUGAAGCAACAUAUGAGAACACACACCAACGUUGCUCCGUUCCAAUGUGGGAUUUGUGACAAGCGCUUCAAACAGAGCAGUCAUCUAAACUACCAUCUCAAGAAUCACAAUCCUGCUGUUAUGACCGAAGAGCAAAGAGCAAAGUACUCCGAACUCAUCGGUAUGAUGAACAACCAAGUUUUGGAGCAAGAGGCUACGGUGCAAGUGGAAACUGAGGUUGACAGUGAGUGGUGUGUUGCUAUAGCUGAAAGCUGAAGAUUUUGUGUUUAAAAAGUGAUAAUGAAAUAAAAUGUGAAAAUGUUCAAUUCAGCGCCAUCUAUCGGGAAACCAGCCACGAAUAGCCCGGAACAUUCAACGUUUGUGACAUAGUGAUGAUCAUAUGGACUUACGGCCAUCCGUUAAUUACGUCACACGUUAAGGGGG